CACCACCCUGUUGCACAUCCCCACACACCAGCAGAGGAAACUUAUAACCCCGCCAGGCAAGGCACUCCCUUCACAGCAGUUCUGGGCUUCCAGGCAGCAAGAGGACCAGAGAGCCAGCUCCUUCCACAGCAGACUUCUUUCUGCCCACGAUUUUCUCUGCAUUUGAGACACUUCUGCAGUGAGAAGCCAAGAUGUUGGUACUACUGGCCGGUAUUUUUGUUGUCCACAUUGCCACUGUAGUCAUGCUCUUUGUCUCCACCAUUGCUAACGUCUGGAUGGCUGGCAGGAUCAAUAGCCUUACAAAUUCAUCAGGGCUCUGGCUAGAGUGUUUGAAUGGGCAAUGCACAGACCUUAAUUUUUCAGAUGACGACUUAUCUGCGCUCAAGGCGGUCCAGGCCUUCAUGAUCCUAGCCAUCAUCUUUUCCUUUGUCUCCCUGGUCAUGUUUGUGGUGCAGCUUUUUACAAUGGAGAAAGGAAAACGCUUCUACAUCACAGGAGCCAUCAUGCUGGUUUGCUGGCUGUUCAUUUUGAUCUCUGUCUCCAUCUACACAGCCCGGUUCCCGCAAUACUUCAAAGCAGAGCAAGACCAUCAUGGCUACUCCUUCAUUCUAGCCUGGAUCUGCUUCUGCUUCAGUUUCAUCAUUGGGGUUCUGUACCUUGUGCUCAGAAAGAAAUGAGGGCUAGGAGGAAGAAGUUGGGAGGGAAGAUUGGAAACCUGGGGGGCUUGAGGGAGGGAUGUGAAGUCACUUUGCUAUGAGGACUCUUUGCCCAAAGAAAGGAAUAAUUCAUUGCUCACCUAACAUGCCCAAUCACAGAAAUGAAUCCACCAAAGGAAAAGAAGCCACUGCAGAGACUCUCCACAUUGAUACUGGGACCAUGAAGAUGCUUGAAGGACCUCCAGCAUAGCCAAAUGGCGGUCUCUUUUCUCACCAAAUUAUGCGUGCAUUCCAUCUUAAAGUACCUUCAUUUCCUGCCUCACUGACUGAAGAACAUCUAGAAAAGAGCUGGUCCCUUCAGCUUUCUUCCCCACGUCUUCAGCAGCGACGAUCCAUCUCCCAUGAGCUCUGCUGUGGCCAUUCCCAGUUUGAGUGAGCUUAGACCAAAUGGCAGGGUUAAAACAAACAUACUGUUUGAUAUUUCCCGCACCAUUUCCUUUCCUUCUUCAGGUAGGAAUGGUGCUAUACUGUUGAACAGAUGAGAGGGGAAAUAACCAGCAGGGAAUGAAAGAGAGAGAGAGAAUGUGGGUGGCAGAGGGUGGGAUUGGGAGGGACAAGGCAAUUAAGUGCCCUUAAUUACUCAAGAGUAGAGUUCUUAAGACUCAGAUGAGUGUUUGACACAACUGCACUGUGAAGACCUCAUGGAGUUCUCAUGGAGUCAUUGAACUGCUAGGCAUGUGGCAGAGGCGCUCUUUCACGGCCAAAGUCCAGGACCUCCACAACCCCUGGGAGCCCCCAAAUCCUUUUUAGUCUGUCCCAGUUGGUGUGGUCACCAUUUGGAGCAUGAUGCUUAAUUUGCAGGGGAGGGGAGCCUUCCAAAUGCCUUUAGAUCCAGGCUCAAAAAUUACCUAGGUGCACCUCUGGCCUGUAGUGUAUGUAAUCUACAUACAAUCAGAUGGAAAGGACUGUUUCUUGCCAGGUGAUUGAGGCCUUCAGCUUCAUGGGAUCUCGCCUCUCACUACCAAAUUGGAUUUUUUAUUUUUAUUUUUACAAUUACCUGUAGUAAGAAAUAAUUCUAUUCCGCUGUGGCAUAGAAUAGGAUUGGGAGUUUUGUUUUUAGAAUAAAGGUUUUAAUAAUGAGGUUCGCAUUAAUACUAUAUGUCCCUUAGAUGGAAAGGCUUAACAUCCAGAAGAAGUGUUGCCUAUGGGUUAGAGCAGAGCACCUGAUUCAGGGUUCUGCUCAGCAGGAUGACCAUAUGCGAGUACCUUCAUUUUUUUCCUGUUUCGCUCCAUUACUUUCCCCCCUCCCCAUGCCAUCAUCUCAUAUAUUUCAUCUCCCAGAAGGUGAAAAGAACUCACCUAAUUAAAUUUUGCAAGUAGAGAUCCAAGCAGGAAAUGUCUGCAUGGAAAUGGAAAGAAUUAUGAUGUCAUAGUUACUGUCGGCAUCAGGAUUUUCAGUCCUGCCAUUGAGAUCUGUCGAAAUAACCAGUGGAAAUUAUGAACGGCAAGAGGCUGACGCUCCCUGAUGCUCACACACACACUCAUGUGAAACGGGGGGACAAAUUCAGGGCUGCAAGAUUAGAAUGAACAGUAUUCUCUUUCUUUCUCGCUUUAUUACAUUCUUUUGACAUGUACACUUCUGUAAUUUGGUGGCUAUGUCCUUGUAUUGUACUUGCCAUUUCUCAAAGUCUGUUUCAUAUGCAGUCAUUGUAAAUAUUUUGAUACAAGUUUUCCUAACUGUAGGUGUAUUAAGAAAUACAAUCCAAUUCCCUAUAUCAUGCACAAGA